UGAAAGUGUGAGGGGCUAGAAGAAGCCGGAGGCGGCGCCGGAGGAGGACGAUGUGUAGUCAGUUCCGUCUUCGGUCAGUGGUCUCCGUGUUUUCGUAAUAUGAGAAGAGGAUGAGGUGGGAGAAAGCGCUCCAUGCUUUUGAUGGCAGUGAAGAAGACUCUGUGGAACCCAGUCCUCAAGUGCGUCUGGAAGCAGAGGACAUUUCCUUCAAUCAAAAAGGAUGAAGUGACUGUUCAAAAGUAGCCAUUCCAGGCAUGUUUCUUGUCUCCUAAACUAUGAUGUUGAAAGGCUGUGAUUGAUUCAUGUGGCUUUCAGUCUGGCCUGGGGAGAAAAGGACCUGAGGUUGACCAUGGGCCAAGGGAGGACAAUCAGCUUCUCCCUGCCGUAGUGCUUCCUCAGCCCACUAUGAAUGAGGACAUGCCCCAGAACGCAUUCUCGAACCAGAAGGAAGCUUGGUUGCUGGACCAUCUAGGAGAGAUUGGGGAACGGCAAGGUGGCGAUCUGGAGAAGCGGGAUGGCACCUUCAAAGAAGAGACGGAGAUGAUUUGUAACAGAAGCACCGGAAGCAGCUCUAGUGGGACCGAGAAGGAGUGUGGCAGGGGCUGUCCUCAUGGCCACGAAUCUGACGACAGCUCAGCUGGGAAGUCAGGAGACCAGAAUGGAUCCCGCAGCAGCCAGAGGAACCAAAGGAAUGAGGAAAUGAUGAUGCUGAUCGAGGAGAUGAAACGCUAUCUUCCAGCUGAGCGAGGGGACUGCUGCAGCAAGCCGAGCACCCUCAGCGCCCUCCAGUAUGCCUUGAAAUGUGUCUGGCAGGUCCAAGGCAACAGCCAGAUUCUUCCCACGUUGAGUGAACCAGGUACCUGUCGGACGGGGACCGCUUUGUACAACCUCGAGGAGCUGGCGGCAGUCACCUCUGAAUAUGCCUCCAAGAACACAGACACCGUUGUGGUGGUGUUUUCCUUGCUCUCUGGGCAGACGAUGCAUGUCUCUGAGCAGGCCGCUGGCAUCUUGAAUUGUAAGAAGAGGUUCCUGGACACCACCCCCUUUGCACAGCUGCUUGCCCCUCGGGACAUGGGCAUCUUCUACGCACGCACCAGCCAGACUCACCUGCCCCUUUGGAACACAGAAGCUCAAACAGCAUCCGUUUAUGAACGCGCACAAGUGAAAUCCUUUUUCUGCAGACUCAGGGGAGGCAAGAACCAAGAUCAGGAGAGGCGUUACUACCCCUUUCGGAUCACCCCUUAUUUGGUCAACGUGUGUGUCUCUAACAACAGCGAGCCAGAAUCCUGCUGCCUGGCCCUGGCUGAAAAGAUUCACUCUGGAUAUGAAGCUCCUCGGAUUCCUCUAGAAAAAAGGAUCUUCACCACAAUGCACAGCCCAGGCUGUGUCUUCCUGGAGACAGAUGACAGAGCGGUGCCCCUGCUGGGAUACCUUCCACAGGACUUGAUCGGUACCUCCAUCUUGAUGUAUCUUCACCCAGACGACCAGCCUCUCAUGGUGGCGGUUCACCGCAAGGUCCUGCGGUUUGCUGGCCAGGCUCCCUUUGAACACUCCCCCAUCCGGUUUUGUACUCAGAACGGGGACUAUGUGGUUUUGGACACCAGCUGGUCCAGUUUUGUCAAUCCUUGGAGUCGGAAGAUCGCCUUCAUCAUAGGUCGGCACAAAGUCAGAACGAGCCCUUUGAACGAGGAUGUAUUUGCAGCCAGGAGCAGAGGGAGAAGCCCAGUGGACAAAGAGGUCUGGGAGCUGCAAGGACAGAUCUAUAAGAUGCUUCUGCAGCCGAUCCAUAGCCACGGUUCUAGCGGUUACGGAAGCCUCGUCAGCAAUGCCUCCUACGAACAUUACAUCAGUGUCGCCUCCUCCAGUGACUCCAACGGACACGGCGUGGAGGAGCUGCCUAGGGAACCGGUGACACUCCAGCAGGUCUUUGUGGACAUCAACCGGCUGAAGCACGUGGGCCAGCAGCUGUACAUCGCAUCGCACAGCCAGAGGCCGGACAGAAGCAGCAGAGCUCCCAGCGAAGAGCUGCCCAGAGGUAAGGAGUCCACAGCCCUGCGGUUGCCAGACCCUGCCACUGGCCCUCACCACCACCACAGCAGCAGCAGUAGCAGAGGGCUCCCCACAGCCUCCAGCAAGGACUGGAGGAGCCCCCAUGGCCUCCUGUCCUACCAGCAGAUUAACAGCAUGGACAGCAUUAUCAGAUACCUCGAGGGCUGCAACAUCCCUGCGCUCAAAAGGAAGUGUGAAUCCUCGGCUGAUGCAUCUUCCUCUUCCGACGAGGACAAACAAGAAGGGCCAGCCUCGGAAGGACCUUCAGGAUCGGGCUCCAUUGCCACUGCUGGCCAACCUGCUGCAGUGGGUGGGCCGGAAGAGGAGGAGGAGGUGCCGCCGCCACAGGUGCUGGCCACGGCGUUAGGCCCCCCGAUGGCCGACCUGGCCCUGGCAGGCAAGGCUCUGAGCGUGGCGUCCGUGACCAGCCAGUGCAGCUACAGCAGCACCCUCGUCCAUUUCCCUCAUCCGGAGUCAGAGGCCACAGCGCUAGAAGAAGUGCUCCUGCAAGGCGAGGCCACCGACCUCUCUCCAGCCCACGCUCCAGGUGGUGCUGCCGCCACCUCCCCUGCCACGUUUGCCACCACCCUGGAGGAACCCCCCCGGCAAGUGGGGCUGACCAAGGAGGUCUUGUCAGCUCACACACAGAAGGAGGAGCAGAACUAUGUGGACCAGUUCCACCAGAGGCUGCUGCUGCCACCGUACCACUCGUACUUCGAGCACGGAGGGGCUGGGAGCAACCCGGCUCCUUCCCAGGACCAAGGAGAUUUCCCAGGAAGCUGGUACAACCGCAGCGCACCAGGGAAAUUCGGGCACCAGAGGUCCCCGGCGUCUUCGAAGAGCAGCUGUCUUGGUAGCAAAGCCGUCUGCCGGAAGCGGGGCGCUGUUCCAGCACCCCCAUCCUGGUUCCCCCCUGAAGGAUCCCCCCCAGGCUCAGGCCCCUCCGACCAAAGUCUUCCUGCCCCCCCUUCGGCGGCCCCUUGCUUUCCCUUGGACUCCCCAGGAGGGAGCCAGGCCUUCCCUUGGGCAGCCCCUGCCGUUCCCUCAUCCCUGCCCUCCGUCGUCCCAGCCCUCCCUUUCCCAUUUGCGGGCCACCUCGUGGCUGUGUUUGUCCACCCCGUCCCGGGAGGCACCCUGUUUCCUCAGGCCUUUCCCCCGGGGCAGCCACAACCCUGCUUGUCCCCUGCCUUUCCCUGCCCCACCGGGCCCCUUGCCCCCCUUGCUGUCAGGUUUGUCCCUGACCCCCAGAGGGCCACAGAGCCCGUCCGCCUGCCUCCUGCACCCGUCUUGCCCAAAGAGGAGCCGCCUCCCCUUUUGAGCCAGUCGCGCAGCAGCUCCCCGCUGCAGUUGAACCUCCUCCAGGAAGAGCUGCCUAAAACGCCGGAACCCCCCAGCAAAGCCCCGGCCAAGGCGGGCACAGGAGACACCCAGCCGGAGGAGGAAGAGGGAGAAGACAGCAGCCAUCACGACGGCCACUCCGUUUCCAGUGAGUUGUUUGACCUGCUGAUGCUGGAGGACUCUCAGUCAGGAACAGGCUCAGCCACCUCGGGCAGUGGAUCUGCCAGGUCCGUUUCGUUGGCCUCGGCUUCCAAUGGGACUUCGGGCUGCGGCACAGGGAGCAGGAACAGCAGCACGUAUUUCACCAGCAGCGACUCCUCUGAGGUCUCCAAGAGAGGAAGAAGGCAGGAAGAGGAAAAGGGACCGUCUUGGCCAGCCAGGAGGAAAGAGGAGGUGCUGAGAGAGGACCUGGCUCGGCUGGCUGCCAUGGAGAAGCAGCAGCCGCGGUUCUCCGAAGAGCAGAAGCAGGAGCUGGCCAAAGUGCACCCUUGGAUUCUCACCCAGACUCUCCCGCAAGAAAUCAACACCCGGGGCUGCACCACGUGCGACGGUGGGAACACCAGCGACGAGGCUGCAGCCCUGGAGGACGGAACCCCACCUGAGGAGGAUGGAGAGGACCGCCACCUUCGUGGGCCGUUGCAGCUGCCCCCCCAGGCGUGGUCCUAACACUUUGAGCUUUUUUAUACCCUACUGGUCUUUCCCUCGUGCUCCAUGAAGCCUUGGACCCAAAGCCUAUACCCUUUCCUCCCCCCCCCACCUGAAACAGAGGCACUUAGUACUGGUCCCGGUUUGCAACAUGGGCUCUCUGCAACGUGGGCCAUGGAUGAUACCAGAUCCAUCCCAGAGGACUCCCUGGGCCACCUUUCUUAGGCUCAGCCUUUGCCUUCCCAUCCCAGCUGAGUCUGGAUUCUUGGGCAGAAAUGACCCUUCCUGCAGGGCACGUCAGGACCAAGCAGCCCACGUGGUUCCUUUUCCUGCCAACCACAGCCAGGGGCACGGUGCCACGGUGCUUAGCCUCUGGACUCCACCGCUGCCUUGUCUGCCAGGGAACCUAGUUGACCAGCCCCAGGGUUUUGGAUUGGCUCCCCGAUGCACAACAACUUCGCUUUCGGUGAAGAUCCUUUCCCUCCUGCAACCUCUGCCACUCGCAGGACCUUGGGGGGAGGGAAUCUCCACUUGUGAACAAAGGUCUGCUUUUCUUUUUUUAAAAAAAUAUAAGUUUCUCUGUGUACCCGGACAAAGGGAAGGCUUGCCCGGGCAGUCCGUUCCGCAGCAUGCCUUGUGUGUGUCUUUUCUGACCACCACCUAGUUUGUCCCAGCGAGUUCUCUUCAUCAGGAAAAGGUGGAUUUGCUCGCACACCCGCCGUCCCUUUCCAGUUCUGCAAGUGAAGUCUGCGGUGGGGAUGAUGCAGGUCCUCUUUUUAGCAUAAAUUGAUUCUCAACAGUUCAUGGCCACACGCCAAAAGAGGUAACACCUGCAAGAAUCUCAUUGAUGGAGAAAGGAACCUCUUAACGUUGAAAAUAGGACAGCCGCCUUCCUUGGAAGCCUUCAAGUUAGCCUGUGUCCAACCCCCUGUGAGGACUGAGUGGGGCCCUUCUCUUUCCCUGAUAUCAGGAAAGACAUUGGUGGAAAGACAGGCGCCUCCCUCCCUCAAGAGGACCACGUGGGUGAUCUGGCUCUGCUUGUACCUUGUGGGGGUCGCUGGCCUAGUGGUUUUGCAGGAAGG